AUGGAUCAAAAUAAUAUAAAUUCUGAUGAUGAUGGAGAAGAUACAAUCGAGAUGAGUGCAACUUCAAAUAAAAAAGGAAUGAGUCUUGACAUGUAUUUUAAGGUACAUGGGAUAAAUUUGGAAGAUGAAGAAGAUGAGGAAGAUGAAGAAAAUGAGCUUGAUGAUAAUGCAAAUGAUGCGGGUAGUGGAGGACAAACUAGUAAUGAAGACUUAGGCACAAUAAAGAAGAAAACCCGUGGAAAAACUACGUGCAAAAAGCUUCAUGCCACAGAUUUUAAUGAUCGACGUGAGGUAGAAUUUUUUCAAGGGCAGCCUGUAGGUCCAACCAAUGCGGUUGUAUCUGACCUCAACCAACUAUUGGGCACAACAGUUAGAAACCCUCGUUUUGUGACUUUGUUAUAUACUAGUUGGCAUGGUGUGCCUAGUAAACUCAAAGAGGAAAUGUGGGAGUAUGCCAAUCAAAAGUUUAUUCUUCCCAUAAGUUCAAAGUCAUGGGUAAUGUGGGGAUUUUGUGGUGCAUGGAAAAAAUAUAAGAGAGAAAUAAAAAAAGAGCAUUUCGUGAAGUACAACACAAAGAAAGAAAUGAUAAAGAACCGGCCAUUAGAGAUUCCCGAGGUUCAAUUUCGCAAACUAAUUUGGUAUUGGAGUCUUCCGGCUAUCAAGGCUAUCUCUGCUAAGAAUACUAAAAAUAGGUUAAAACAAACAUGUCCUCACCGAAUGGGAUCCACAAAUUUUGGAAUAGUGCGUAAGCAGCUGCGCGACUCUAAAGAGAACAGUGAAGAACCAUCAAGGGCUGAAGUUUUCAUAGCAACUCGCACAAGUAAGAAAGGAAAAGAAAUUGAUGCUAAAACACAAGCCACAAUUACUGAACUUCAGAACCACUUAGAAGCAGGAGAAAAUGAAGAGGAUGCAUUUGUAGGAGUGUUAGGAAAGGACCAACCAGGUCGAGUUCGUUGUUAUGGGGCUUCGAUUACAAGAAGCUCUCUUAAAAAAGAUGAGGAGAUUCGCCACAUAAAAGUUGAAUAUAACACUAAGGUCUCAUCAUUAGAGAAGAAGAUGGAUGGUGUAUGUGGUUUAUUAAAGGUAUUGGUGCACCAACUCAACCUUGGAAUGAGCAAUGAAGAGGUAACAACCUUAGUUCAAGCUGCCCAAGAUUCUCCUUUGGAUACCUCAAGUAGCAAAGCAAGAAAUACUCCUCGCUCCUCCGAAGCAACUCACAUUCCACACAAAGAUGAUGGCACAGGUCAAAACAAUUUACCUUGCAAUGAUACAUGA